UCGCCUUAAAAAGAAGUUCAGUUUCGUUGCUGGCCACAGUAUUACCCUGGACUUUGUUUAUUUCGCUUCUCGUUUCAAGACAACAAGGCAACCACCAUGGAAGUAGAUCUUGUCAACAGAGAUCCCAAUGGUCUUAACGAACAUUUAAAGGUUCAAUUUGAAGAUGUCUUGGCUGAACCCGAAGGAGCCCGUAGUAUCGACUGCGUCUGGAAGCUUUCUUACACAUGUUUUAACUGCUGGCUUGGACUUUGCUACAAACUUUUGACCCUCUUCUACGGAGUCUGUAUUGCCGCCGAGUGGGGUUGCGAAUUUGCCUCCAUUGCUUUUUACCACGUCUGGUACAUCACACCAAUCUUGAGAAUUUGCGAGAUCAACUGUGCUGUGUUCACCAAGGUUACCAAGACCUGCAUGAGCUGUUGCUUGGAGCCAUGUUGUGAAGCGUGCGGUGCUCUAUUUAUUCACUUCAAGAAAUAAAUAUCAAUUUCAAAUAAUUACUGGUGAUGUAGCAUUAGGACGUCAUCACAAUAUCAUCGACGUCAAUAGUAAACCAGUUGUAUUCCAUAAUAAUUAGCGAACCGAAGAAUAAAAAAAAGUGAAUUCAUACAAAUGCAGCCAUUUGUGAUUUGAUUUGUGCAUCCAUCAGAGCUCAUUGAGAAUAAAAAAAACAACAAUUAAAACAUGUUACAUUGAGUGGAUAUAUUAAAAGUGUACACAAAUGACGUGUAACAAGGGAAUUUUCCGGUCAUAUUGAUAUAUCAUAACUAUUACCAUAAAAUCUAUUUUUUAAAUGUUUACACAAUUGUUAAUACAAUUAU